AUGGUCUUGAAUCGUUUGAAGAAUAAAUUAGUUGGUGGAGACUCAUCGGAGACAAGUGGCGAUGGCGAUGGUGUUGAUGUCAUCAAUUCCGAGAAUCAGUCCAUCUUAAUGGGUAUUAUUUCACAAUUACGCCCUGGAUGUGACUUGACAAGAAUAACACUUCCCACAUUCAUUCUAGAACAUAAGUCAAUGCUCGAACGGAUAACAAAUGCAUUCUUCACCCCUGAUAUCUUGCUUCAAGCAAAUGAUACCGUGGACAAUGCACAAAGAUUUGCAUUAAUUGUAAAAUGGUACCUCUCAAGUUGGCAUAUCGCACCAAAGGCUGUCAAAAAACCUUUGAAUCCAGUUCUUGGCGAAGUUUACAGUUGCUAUUGGGAUGAUCUUCCUGGUAAUUUAAGUGCGUAUUACCUUGCAGAGCAAACAUCUCAUCACCCUCCAGAAUCUUCAUAUUUCUAUUUGAUUCCAGAUAAGAGAAUACGUGCCGACGGCGUGCUUAUUCCGCGUUCACGCUUUUUGGGAAAUUCUUCGGCUGCAAUGAUGGAAGGUGUAGCUCAUCUAGAAUUGGGGCAACAUAGUGGUGAAAUUUAUUCAUUGUCGCAACCAAAUAUCUAUUGCAGGGGCAUCCUAUUUGGAAAGUUAAGAUACGAACUAGGUGACCAUAUGUUGAUCAAGUGCGAAAAGCUCGGAUUAGAGGCAGACAUAGAAUUCAAAACAAAGGGAUUCAUCAGCGGAGACUAUGACGUGGUUGAAGGAACGAUUAAGGAUACUGCUACGUCCCAAGUUUUAUUCAUUAUCAGAGGGAAAUGGAAUGAGAAACUAGAAAUUGAAGACACUCAAACAGGAGAAACAUCUCUAUUCUAUGAUACGACCAGUUCUCAAAUCUGGAAGCCCAAAGUGAAGCCUUUGGAGAAACAGUUGCCUAACGAAUCACGCAAGUUGUGGGCUCCCACUCUCUCAGCGUUAGAAAAAAAUGACCAUGCAAUUGCCACUGAUGAAAAAUUUAUUGUUGAGGAACGGCAAAGAGAAUUGGCUCAGAAGAGACGAGAAAAUAAUGAGAGAUUCGUUCCUGAAUUCUUCGAAGAAUCAACUUCUGAAGUGCCAUUUAUUAUAAGGGCAGACAUCAAUAUUUAUGAGGAUUCGCCAGAAAAUAUGAAGUCGAAAUUAUAUAGUAUUUACGAUAUAGAAACUUAA